ACAACAACCCUGGAGAUGUUCGGGGAGGGCGUCUCUCUCUCUCUCUCUGCGUCACACAACUGUUACCCCUGGUUAAUACUUGCCCUCUGUCUCUGUGUAGGUCACCAGUCGUCUUCGUCUUCCUCCUGCAGUGUGCUACAGUGCCCCGAGUCCUGCACCUGCAGCAACAACAUCGUGGACUGCAGAGGGAAGGGCCUGACGGAGAUCCCCACCAACCUGCCCGAAACCAUCACUGAGAUACGGCUGGAGCAGAACGCCAUCAAGGUGAUCCCAGCCGGGGCCUUCGCUCCUUAUAAGAAGCUGCGCAGGAUAGACUUGAGCAACAACCAGAUAUCCGAGCUGGCAUCGGAUGCCUUCCAAGGUCUGCGCUCCCUCAACUCCCUGGUUCUGUAUGGGAAUAAGAUCACAGAGAUCUCCAAAGCGCUGUUUGAGGGACUGUUUUCUCUGCAGCUGUUGCUGCUGAAUGCUAAUAAGAUAGCGUGCCUGCGCGUGGACGCCUUCCAGGACCUCCACAACCUCAACCUGCUCUCGCUGUACGACAACAAGCUGCAGACCAUCGCCAAGGGGACCUUCUCGUCGCUCAGAGCCAUACAAACACUUCACUUAGCCCAAAACCCGUUCAUCUGCGACUGCCACCUGAAGUGGCUGGCCGACUACCUGCAGGACAAUCCCAUCGAGACGAGCGGCGCUCGCUGCACCAGCCCGCGGCGGCUCGCCAACAAACGCAUCGGACAGAUCAAGAGCAAGAAGUUCCGCUGCUCAGGUACUGAGGAUUACCGCAGUAAGCUGGGGGGGGACUGCUUCGCCGACUUGGCCUGCCCAGAAAAGUGCCGCUGUGAGGGCACCACGGUGGACUGCUCCAACCAGAAGCUCACCAAGAUACCGGACCACGUCCCCCAGUACACGGCCGAGCUGCGCCUGAACAACAAUGAAUUCACCGUGCUGGAGGCGACGGGCAUCUUUAAGAAGCUGCCUCAGCUGAGGAAGAUUAACCUGAGCAACAACCGCAUCAGCGACAUAGAGGAGGGGUCCUUCGAAGGAGCCUCGGGGGUCAACGAGCUGAUUCUCACCUCCAACCGGCUGGAGAACGUCCACCACCGCAUGCUGAAGGGACUCAGCGGGCUGCGCACGCUAAUGCUGAGGAGCAACCGUAUCAGCUGUGUGAGUAACAGCAGCUUCGUGGGUUUGAGCUCCGUGCGUCUCCUGUCGCUCUACGACAACCAGAUCACCUCCAUGAACCCCGGAGCCUUCGACACGCUGCACUCCCUGUCCACACUAAACCUUCUGGCCAACCCCUUCAACUGUAACUGUCACCUGGCUUGGCUCGGAGACUGGCUGAGGAGGAAGCGCAUCGUCACCGGCAACCCUCGCUGCCAGAGCCCGUACUUCCUGAAGGAGAUCCCCAUCCAGGAUGUAGCCGUCCAGGACUUUGCCUGUGAAGACGGUAACGACGACAACAGCUGCUCACCGGUGCUGAGGUGUCCGGCCGAGUGUUCCUGUCUGGACACCGUGGUGCGCUGCAGCAACAAGGGCCUCACCACGCUGCCCAAAGGCCUCCCCAAAGAGACCACCGAGCUGUAUCUGGACGGUAACCACUUCACUCAGGUUCCCGCCGAGCUCUCCGAUUACAAACACUUAACGCUCAUUGAUUUGAGUAACAACCAGAUCAGCACGUUGUCCAACCACAGCCUCAGUAACAUGUCCGAGCUGCUUACUCUAAUCCUGAGCUAUAACCGGCUGCGGUGCAUCCCGGUGAGGGCGUUCGAUGGGCUCAAGUCGCUGCGUCUGCUGUCUCUCCACGGCAAUGACAUAUCACUGAUUCCAGAGGGCGCCUUCAAAGACCUGUCGGCCCUCUCCCACCUGGCGCUGGGGGCCAACCCGCUGCACUGUGACUGCCACAUGCAGUGGCUGUCCGACUGGGUGAAGAGCGGCUACAAGGAGCCCGGCAUCGCCCGCUGCGCCGGGCCCGGCGACAUGACCGACAAGCUGCUGCUCACCACGCCGUCCAAGAAGUUCACCUGCACAGGUCCAGUAGACGUGAGCAUCCAGGCCAAGUGCGAGCCCUGUCUGUCCAACCCCUGCAGAAACGACGGCACCUGCUCCAACGACCCGGUGCACUACUACCGCUGCAGCUGCCCCUACGGGUUCAAGGGACAGAACUGCGAGGAGCCCAUCCACGCCUGCAUCGGUAACCCGUGCCAGAACGGCGGCACCUGCCACCUGAAGGAGGGAGGAGGGGGCAACUUUUGGUGUGUGUGUGCAGAGGGCUUCGAGGGCGACUCGUGCGAGAUCAACUUUGACGACUGCGAGGACAACGACUGCGAGAACAACUCCACCUGUGUCGACGGAAUCAACAACUACACGUGCAUGUGCUCCCCGGAGUACACAGCUGCUACCAAUGAUGUGGAGAGAGGAGAGCUUUGUGAAGAAAAGCUGGAUUUCUGCGCUCCAGAGCUGGACCCGUGUAAACACGACUCAAAGUGCAUUUUGACCCCUCGGGGCUACAAGUGCGAGUGCACUCCGGGCUACGUGGGGGAGCACUGCGACAUGGAUUACAACGACUGCGAGGAGAACAAGUGUCAGAACGGAGGCCAGUGCAUAGACGCGGUCAACGGGUACACGUGCGUGUGCACAGAGGGAAACAGCGGCUUAUUCUGCGAGUUCUCUCCCCCGAUGGUCCUCCCGCGCACCAGCCAGUGUGACACGCACGACUGCCUGAACGGCGCCCAGUGCGUGGUCACCGGGGCCGAGCCGCGCUGCCAGUGCCUCCACGGCUACCAGGGCGAGCGCUGCCAGACGCUGGCCAGCGUCAGCUUCGUCGACCGCGAGUCCUACCUGCAGCUCCCCGCCGGCCUGCUGGCGCCAGAGACCAACAUCAGCCUGCAGAUUGCCACGGACGAGGACAGCGGCGUGCUACUGUACAAAGGGGACAGCGACCACAUCGCCAUGGAGCUCUACAGGGGACGCCUCCGGGUCAGCUACGAAACCGGAUCCUACCCCCCCUCCGCCAUAUACAGUGUGGAGACGGUGAACGACGGCAGCUUCCACGCUGUGGAGUUGGUCGCGUCGGACCAGACUUUAUCGUUGUCCAUUGACGGCGGUCCGCCCAAAUCCAUCAACUCCAUCAGCAAGCAGUCCACACUCAACAUAGACUCUCCGCUCUACCUGGGAGGUAUGCCAGAACGGGCCUCGUCCUCCGGGGGCCUCUCGUCCCUGCAGCACAGCUCAGGCGGACGCAACGGCACCAGCUUCCACGGCUGCCUCCGCAACCUGUACGUCAACGGGAAGCUGCAGGACCUGGGGGCCGGGCCGGGGGCCGGGGCUUUGACCUCCGGGGCCGCCCCGGGCGCCGCCAUCGAAUGGCUGGGCCGCGGCGUGGAGGCGGGCUGCCAGCCCUGCCAGAGGGGGGCCUGCGUCCAGGGAGACUGCCACCCGACCGGGCAUCGCGGCUUCACCUGCACCUGCCACCCGGGCUGGACGGGAACGGCGUGCGACCUGCAGGUCAACAACCCCUGCGACGGCAACAAGUGCGUCCACGGCACUUGCCUCCCGAUCAACUCGUACUCGUACUCCUGCCGCUGCCAGCCCGGCUUCGCAGGCGUCCUGUGCGACGAGCCGGACCAGGACGCGGCCAACCCCUGCACUCCGUCCCGCUGCAAACACGGCCGAUGCAGAGUGUCGGGCCUGGGCAAGGCCUACUGCGAGUGUAACGGCGGCUACACGGGAGAAGUGUGCGACAAAGAGGUGGCCUGCCGAGGGGAACGGGUCCGAGAUGUCUACCAGAGGCAGCAAGGCUACGCGGCGUGCCAAACCCAGGAGAAGGUCUCCCGCCUAGAGUGCCGGGGGAGCUGCGCGGGGGGGGCAGACGGACAGGGCACCUGCUGCACCCCCCUCCGCAGCAAACGCAGGAAAUACACCUUCCAGUGCACCGACGGCUCGUCUUUUGUCCAGGAAGUGGAGAAGGUUGUCAAGUGUGGCUGUACAAAUUGUUCCUCGUAAAAAAAAAAAAAAAAAAGAGAUUCUCUGCCCUCCAGAUUAAUCUUCUUGCCCACCUUACUUGAUGUCCAAGGUUUCCUCUCUGAGACAAACCCCUCACCCUCCACAGGCCCCCUCCCCCGACCGUCCCUGUUAUUUUUUUAUUUUUUUAAACCCUUAAAAAGAAAAUGAAAAAAAAACAACAAAAAAAAACAAGAGAAACAACAAAAAAAGAGUUUAUUUUAUUUGUCAGUUCUGGGCUGAUGAUUGAUGCUUCCUCGGUGGAGAUGUUGAAUUGUAUUGUAAAGUACAAAAACAGACUUAUUUUUUAUUAUGAAGUGGAGAACAAAAAACAAAGACAAAAAAAAAGACAAGAGUUGACUUUUUCCUUACUUCCUUUUCGUUGACCGUGACGACCCUGACGGCGUGCAACGCCCGCCUCUUCCCCCGGCGAGGCCGGUCCUUGUAGACUUCCUGCUUCCUGUCUGUGAGUUGUGUGUUUUUAGGAGUAACCUUAACUGGUAGUACCACAGACUCACCGCUAGCGGGCGCUGCAUUAAGAGCGCCGGAGACGGCGGACGGCGAUUUGAAAAGAAAACACAAAAAAUAAACUUCGACACGAGGAAGCACCACCGUUGGACCUCCUGGACCCUCGGAGACUGUGUGCAUGAUCCCACACACAGCUGUGCUCAAACGCCUGGUGUUCCUUACAGCUACUGAACAACAACACACACACACACACACAAGUGCUCUCACAUGUAGAGGAAUUACACACCUGCAAGGUUAGAUACAGUAGUCUCUGUUUAUCUGUACACACACACCCCCAAAGUCAUGAAUGACAAGUAUUUAUUGUACCAUAAAUACCUGUACUUAUUCAGUAGAUCCCCUGUGUUUCAAUCUGGUUCUUUUAAUAUAUAUUAAUUUAUAUUUUGUCCUUAUUUUUGUAUUAAAAAAGACAUACUCUGUCAAGAUAGCUGAACUAACAACAUGGUGUCCUUUAUUUUGGUUGAAGAGAAGUUUUUUUUUUUGGGAUCACUGAAACUAUUGUGCUUGCCAGAGACCGUAGUUACAUUUUAAUCUGCAAAUGUGACGUGAAGACAUUGUAUAUUUUUUUUCCUGAGAGUUUGUACUGUGCCAUUGCCAGAAGGUCUUUAUAUUAGAGUAUAAAUGUAUAGAUCACUUCUUUCCCUAUGUAUUUCACACACACAAUCUCGUGAGUAGCAUUGACCCUAGAGGAUGCUUAGGAGCUGUUUUUACCUUUUUAACAAAUUUAUGCUUAAAGAAUACUGUGACUUUUCUAAAUGAAACUACUUUGUUAGCCCCUCUCCUCUUCCCCCGGUCUCCGAUGUUAACAUGUUGCUGCUAAGUUUUUGUACCGUAGACUUGGAUCCUGAUCUGUAUGUUAUAUAGAACUUCCUGCUCCUGCUGUACAGGGGCACCUUGUGUAACAGAUAAAUACGCCCCCCCCCCCCCACUCCUACACAUGUGCAUUGUGCUUUAUAUUCCCUUCUUCUCCAUCCCCAGACUAAUGUCAGUUCCCUGACUGAUAUUUGUUUAUUAAACACAAUAUUUACCUCACACUUA